AUGCCACCGUCACUGCCGGUGCUACCAUGGUGCCAGUGCUGUGGGAAGCCCAGGGAGGAGGAGGCAUCAGUGAGUGGGAAUGGCAUCAGCUGCCAGCAGCAGUGCGCCAUAUCCAUGCUCGCGCUCCUCCCGCCAAUGCUGCCAGUGCUGCGUGUGCUGCCUGAUCCUGUUGCUGGCCGCCGCACUCCCUCCAUGCCUGACCCUGUCCCCCAAACCCCCCUUUCCCCCCCCACCCCUUCCCAUGCUCCCACCUGCGCUCCCGCCUGUAUUUCCGCCUCUGCUCCCGCCCAUGCUGCCCCCAAGUCGUCCCUUCGGGGCUGUUCAGCAGAGGAGCUGGUGCUGCUUUUGCGGGUGAGGCGUGCAGAGGAGGGGCUGGGGCGAAGGGCCUGGCACGGGCAGUGGAGGGAGAAAGAAGAGAGGCGAGGAGCCGGUGGGACGAAUGUGAGAAGCAGACAAGUGGUGUCGGAUGGCAUGUCAUGGGGGACAGUCACUGCGGGCACGCAUACCGAAACAUACCCAAGGAGCAAGGGGGAGGGCGGCCGCUCUGAAGCAACGUGCUGGACACAACCCCUGCCACCAUCUGCGCCACCACAGCCGCCGCCACUAUGCGUGUUCCCCUCGCCCAACACCCCUGCUACCCCCUCCCACGUUACCUGGCUAUCGCUCUUCUCUCUUCCUACCCUUCCUUCACCCUGCCGCUCCACUGCGCCGGCCGCCCGUCUGCCCAUGGUGCUUGCAAGCCCAGGCGAAACAGCCCCGAGAAGGAGCAGUCAGCGGGUGCGGGUGCUGCGAGACGGUGGCACGGAUUGGCGUGGCAGGGAGAGCAAGGAGCACGACAGGCGGCUGAGAUGA